AUGUCGCAUACAGGCACAUUUAGAGGGACGCCCAAUAAGACCAUCGGGAGAGGGAGGCUGCCCGACUUUGACGGUUCCAGUUCCAACGCUUCUCACAUCCCUCGGCCCCGACCCGACCGCCCUGAACCUCCUUCUUCCCACCCCCCAUCCAGCGACGUUGGUAGCGGAACCGGCACCAUGAGCGCGGCUAGUAGUAGACAACGGCAAACGCAGUCGAAGCGUGAUGAGGCAAUCCGCCUCAAGAUGGAGGCCAACCUCAACAAAAAGAAACAACAUCAGGCCAAGGCUACCCGCUCGCGUAAGGCUCCUCCAGGUACUGUGCUGGCUUUGAAGCCCAGCCAGGCUCUUCAGAUUAAGCCCAUCCUUAGCAUCGCUGAGGCUGCUCAGUUGAUGGCUGCUAAGCGAGAGGACUGCGUCUUGGUUACCGACGACGAUGAGCGAAUUUCGGGUAUUUUCACAGCUAAGGAUUUGGCUUUCCGUGUGGUCGGAAUGGGUCUGAAAGCCCGUGAGGUCUCAGUGGCUGAAAUUAUGACCAAGAACCCUCUAUGUGCGCGAACUGACACCAGCGCUACCGACGCGCUCGACCUGAUGGUUCGCAAGGGAUUCAGACAUCUGCCGGUCAUGGAUGAGAACCAGGAUAUUUCGGGUGUUUUGGAUAUCACCAAGUGCUUUUACGAUGCGAUGGAAAAAUUGGAGCGCGCCUACAGCUCAUCUCGGAAACUCUACGAUGCUUUGGAAGGUGUGCAAACCGAGCUUGGCUCCAGCCAGCCCCAGCAGGUCAUUCAGUAUGUGGAGGCUCUGCGACAGAAGAUGUCUGGUCCGACUCUUGAGUCUGUCCUGGAUGGUAUGCCCCCAGUGACUGUAUCCGUUCGUACCACGGUGAAGGAUGCGGCAGCUUUAAUGAAAGAGCACCACACCACCGCUCUCCUUGUCCAAGACCAGGGCUCAAUCACUGGUAUUUUCACUAGCAAGGAUAUUGUUCUCCGUGUCAUUGCUCCUGGUCUUGACCCGGCCACCUGCAGUGUGGUCCGAGUUAUGACCCCUCAUCCCGACUUUGCUCCUUCUGAUAUGAGCAUUCAGGCCGCGCUUCGCAAGAUGCACGAUGGUCACUACCUUAACCUGCCUGUCAUGAACGAGGGAGGUGAGAUUGUCGGUAUGGUGGAUGUGUUGAAACUCACAUACGCCACUCUGGAGCAGAUCAACACCAUGCAGACCCAGGAUGAUGAAGGUCCUGCAUGGAACAAGUUCUGGCUUUCAAUGGACCACGAGUCAGACUCAAUGGUUUCUGGCAGUCAGAGCCACCCGCCCCAUGCUGCAAACCGCUCUGUUAUGAGCCCCGACUUGGCUCGCUCAGCCUACGAUAACAGUGUACUUCCAAAUGAAUCGGCAUCACACCACGGUGGUGAGGAGCACUCGGAAGUCGCAUCACAGCACCAUAAGGAGCCCGCUGAGGAUGUUCCAUUCCCCUUCAAGUUCAAGGCUCCUAGUGGACGUGUGCACCGGGUCAAUGUUUUGACUACUGCUGGAGUUGAGGAUCUUGUGAAGCAGGUGACUGCUAAGCUUGGUUCUGAAGUUGAAGCUGUUGGUGGUGAGGCAAUCGUUGAGGAAGGUCGCCUAAGCAACACUGGCUACGCCCUCAGCUACAUGGAUAAUGAGGGCGACACUGUUUCGAUCACCACUGACCAGGACAUGUUGGAUGCCAUCAACCUGUCCCACCGCACUCACCGUGAAAAGGUCGAUCUCUUUGUUCAUGAUCCGGCUCAGCCCCCUAUCCCUGCCCCUGCUUCUGCUCCUGCCCCUGUUGAACCCCAGCCAGUUCAGGUUCAGCCUGCUACCCCGAUCAUUGAAGAGCACAGCAGUGUUGCUGAUGAUACUGCCACUGAGGAACCUGUCCCUGUCGUCAAGCCUCGUACCCAACAAUUCCCCUCACAUGGCCACGGCCCUGAGGAACAGCUCAUUGCUGGUGUUCCUAAUGACCUGCUCCUUCCUGGUGCCAUUGUGACAUUGGCUGCAGUUAUUGCCGGUGUCUUCAUUCUCAGCCGCCCUAGUGGUCGUUAA